GAAAAAACAAACCAAAAUCCUCGAAGCGAAGCAAAAAAAACAAUUUCUUUCAUUCUUUCUUUCUUUCCUUCUUCAAACGCUCUUAUUUCUUGAACCGUAAAAAAGAAAUUUGGGUGAGAGGGGAAGUGGAUCUUAAAACCCUAGGGUUUCAAUUCCGUUUCAUUUCUAAAUUUUUAAUCCCAAAUUCUGUUUCAAAAAUGGAAGCCGAAGAAGAUGAUUCUUCAUAUCACGACCAAAAAUCUUCUUCUUUAGAUGUUAAGUGUGACACCAAUCGAGAAGAGCUUCAUAGCAAUGAACAACAGCAUUGUGCGUCCAAGUCCUCAAUUAUCGAAACGGAGUUUUCACCUAAUACCGUCGUGGAAUCUUUACCACCAAGAGAUGCAAUUCUUGGGGAUGAGAUUCUUGCUGUGGAUACUUGUUCGGAGAUGGAGAAGAAGGAUUUGGUGGAGGAGAAAGAGAUAAAAGAGGAGAAAGAUUCUCGUAACAUUAUUCAAGAUAUGGCGGAAGAUUCAGUGAAGUUGGAGAUUGAACCUGAUAUUGAGAAAACGGGGUUAUCGGAGCAAAGGGCUUUCGAUGAUGUGAAAGAGAAUACAGGGGUGACAGAGGAGGAGAAGGCUUUGAGUGAAUUUGCUCAAGGUGAGUUGUUACCGGAAAUGGUUUUUGUUGGUGUUGCUGAAAAUCAGGCCGAGGGCAAUGUUUUAAUGGCGAAUUUUUCAGAGCAUACGGUCGUAGACGGUUCAGCUGGCUGUGUAGAGACAACCGAGACGACGUGUCUGAGUGAUGUUUUGGCUGAGGAAACGCUUGCAGAAACGACUCUUUUUGUGCAGGAUGUAGAUGUUACUGAUGCAAUCAAUUUAGUGCAGAAGACAAAGGUGGAAGAGCACGCUGAUGACGCCAAUGAUUCGAAGGAUACAGAGGUACCAAAACAAGAAAAUUUUUCUGUGGAGAAGAUGGAAUUAGGCGUCCGGGUGCAGUUGGAAGAGAACUCUGAGUUGAAAGGUAGUUUGGUAGAUGGGGCUGUGGAGGGACGGACAGAAAAUUUAGCAGACAGGCCUGGUGAAACGUUGAAGAGGGAGAAUGCCUCAAGCACUACUAAUGAGGUGGGGCUGACACAUAUUGCUGUGGAGAUUAAGGAGACGGUAAAUGUAGGAAAUGCUGAAGACAAGACUAUUGAGAUGGAUGGAAUGUGUAUGGAAGACAAGGCUACUGCUGUGGGGAUGAUGGAGAAUUUGACAGAUGAGACCCCAGAGAUCAAGGGAGUGGAUGUAGCAGAUUACAGCAUUGAAGAGUUGAAGAUCGAAGACAUGGAGGAUAGGGAAGCGGGGGUGCAAGGAUUGGGUUUGGCCGAUAAGAGCCCCGUGGUUGAGAAGCUCGAGAAUGUGGCAGAUGAGAAUGCAGAGGCUGAGGGAGUGCAAGUGACUGACUACACCGCGGAAGAAGUAAAAUCGGAGAAUGUAGAAGAUGACAAGACUGCACAAGGGGAGGAAAUAGCUAUGGCAGAAGAGAUUGCGGAGCCAGAUGACAUGGUUUAUUUGGUGGAUGAAGGGAUUGGAUCAGAGGAGACGGAUGUAAACAUGACAUAUUUGGUGGAGGAAACGGAAGCAGCAGAGGAGGUUGAGGAGAUGGAUGUUACAGAAGAGAUGGAUGAGCCAAAUAUAAGUAGCAGUGGGUCUAAAAGGAAGCGUGGAAAGAAUUCUAAAGCUCCAGCUAGAGUGGCUUCCAGGAAGAAGGUGGAAGAGGACGUUUGCUUUAUUUGUUUUGAUGGGGGUGAUCUUGUACUCUGUGAUCGCAGAGGUUGUCCCAAGGCAUACCACCCGGCCUGUAUUAAUCGUGAUGAGGCAUUCUUCCGAGCCAAGGGUCGAUGGAACUGUGGUUGGCAUCUCUGUAGUAACUGUGAGAAGACUGCCCAUUACAUGUGUUACACAUGUACUUUUUCCUUGUGCAAGGGCUGCAUAAAAAAUGCGGUUAUUUUUUGUGUUAGAGGGAAUAAAGGCUUCUGCGAGACAUGCAUGAGAUUUGUUACAUCGAUUGAAAAGAAUGAGCAGGGGAGUACAGAAAAGGGCCAAAUCGAUUUUAAUGACAAAAAUAGCUGGGAAUAUCUUUUCAAGGAGUACUGGAUAGAUCUGAAGGGAAGCCUUUCUCUAACAUUUGAUGAACUUGUUCACGCUAAAAACCCAUGGAAAGGAUCUGAGACACUAACUAGCAGGCCUGAUUCACCGGGUGAGCUAUGUGAUGGUAAUGUUGAUGGAGGAUCAGAUUUGGAUGUUUCUGAAAAUGAAGAAUCUGGUAGUUCUAAAAAGAGAAAAGCUAAGAAAAGGUCAAGAUCUCAAGCAAAGGAAAUGAGUUCGCCUAGUAUGCCAGCUAUAGCUGAUUCUCAAGGGCUAUCCGCGGAUGACAAUGUUGAGUGGGCAUCUAAAGAGCUCUUGGAGUUUGUAAUGCACAUGAAGAAUGGUGAUAGAACUGUUUUAUCUCAGUUUGACGUGCAGGCUCUCUUAUUAGAAUAUAUUAAAAGAAAUAAGCUUCGUGAUCCUCGACGGAAAAGUCAGAUCAUAUGUGAUUCAAGACUUGAGAGUUUGUUUGGAAAGCCACGUGUGGGACAUUUUGAAAUGUUGAAGCUCCUCGAAUCACACUUCCUCAUCAAAGAGGAUGCCCAGAUAAAUGAUCUGCAUGGGAGUGUUGCUGAAACUGAAUCAAGUCAGUUGGAGGCUGAUGGGACUGAUGGGUCAGGCAAGAUUAAGAAAGAGAAAAAACGCAGGACGAGGAAAAAAGAUGAGAGAGGAUUGCAGUCUAACCUUGAUGACUAUGCAGCUAUUGAUAUUCAUAACAUUAAUUUAAUUUACUUAAAACGUAACUUGGUGGAAUAUCUGAUCGAAGAUGAGGAGAGUUUUCAUGACAAGGUUGUUGGUUCUUUUGUGAGGAUAAGAAUAUCAGGCAGUGCACAAAAACAAGAUUUAUAUCGGCUGGUUCAAGUUGUAGGUACAAGUAAAGCAUCCGAGCCUUAUAAAGUUGGUAAAAGGAUGACUGAUAUCUUGUUAGAGAUUUUGAAUUUGAACAAGACAGAAGUGGUUUCAAUUGAUAUUAUCUCAAAUCAAGAGUUCACAGAGGAUGAGUGCAAGCGUCUCAGACAGAGCAUGAAGUGUGGAAUCAUUAACCGUCUGACAGUGGGUGAACUCCAGGAGAGAGCCAUGUCGCUUCAAGAUGCCAGAGUCAAGGAUUGGAUGGAGACCGAGAUAGUUCGACUAAGUCAUCUUCGUGAUCGAGCGAGUGAGAAAGGGCGCCGAAAAGAGCUUAGAGAAUGUGUUGAGAAACUACAGCUUUUGAAGACACCUGAGGAGCGGCAGCGCAGAAUUGAGGAAAUACCAGAAAUACAUGCAGACCCAAAUAUGGAUCCGAGUCAUGAAUCUGAAGAUGAAGAUGAAGCAGAUGAUAAGAGACGAGAAACCUACACCUUGUCAAGAAGCACAAGCUUUGGCAGGAGAACGAGGGAGCCAGUUUCUCCUGGAAAAGGAGGUUCACAUUUGAAUGACUCCUGGAGCGGGACUAGAAACUUCUCUAACACGAAUCGAGACAUGAGCAGGAACUUGUCUGGCAAAGGCUUCUCUAACCAAGGGGAUGAUGCUAUUGGUUCCGGUGAAAUAAUAAAUGAAACUUCAUGGGGUCAUGGAAGAGAGAGAGAUGUUAAAAAAACAAGCAAGUGGGACAAACAAGUUUCGCCUAGUUCAGAAAUGACUGCUAGGAAUGCCUUGUCUGGGGCUGCAUCUGAGUCUUCUGCUGCUCACUCGGUAAAUCCGACAGUAUCUUCAUCUGUGGGGACUACACAGAAUGCAGCUACAGCAAAUGAAUCUGAGAAGAUAUGGCAUUAUCAGGAUCCUUCUGGGAAAGUGCAGGGACCGUUUUCAAUGGUGCAACUGCGCAAGUGGAGUAACACAGGUUAUUUUCCUACAGACUUGAGAAUAUGGAGAAUCUCAGACCAGCAAGAGGACUCCCUACUCUUGACCGAUGUCUUAGCGGGAAAGAUCUCGAAGGACACUCCAUUGACAAGUAACAGUUUGCAAGUACACCCGAAUUCUUCUCCAUUUGUGGGGAGGCCUCAGGGAGGCACUUUGCAGUCAGGUGUGGAUGGACAGAAUGCUAGUAGUUCAAAUUCACAUACUAAUCCAACUUCUUAUGAUCAAUCUUCUGGAGGAAGAUGGAAAUCUCAAAAUGAAGUUAGCCCUACUGGUAGACCUGUCUCGGGUUCUAUAAAAGUCCCCAGAUAUUCAGGAGAAAGAUGGUCUUCUGACCAUGGCAAUAAGAACUUCACUAAUCUUCCUUCUCCUACUCCCAGCUCAGGAGGAACAAAGGAGCAGCCAUUUCAAGUGGCUGCAUCGUUCAUGGAGGCGAAAUCACUCUCGGGAACUGGUGGUGGUGGUUUGCAUGGUUCUUCAGUUAUGCAAGGGUCUGAAAAUGACCCACUGCGUUCACAUUUGGGUCGGAAUUCGUCAGAAAAGGGCAUGGGUUCAGGUCCUAUAAAUGCACUCCAAAAUCAUCAAUCUCAGCCGGUAAGGCAAUCACCUAUCAUUGACGAUGCUUCGCUCAAUCCAGCUGCAGAUAUUAGAAGCAUUAGUGCAAAUCUUCAGAGUUUGGUACAAUCCAUCAACAGUCGUAAUCCUCCUAUUGAAGCUCAUGGACGUGGGUCUGGCUCCAUCCUGAAACGCGAAACAGAUACUUCGGAGGCAUGGCAAAAUGCACAAUCUCACAAAGUUGAAUCAAACGUUUCUUCUAGCAUGCCACCAGCACAAACCCUUCACAGUCGUUGGGGGGAGAUGUCACCUGCACAAAAUGCUGCUGUCACAUCGUUUAGUGCAGGAAGUUCAACAUCAAGUUUUUCCUCAGCCGGUUUGUCCAAUUUUCCGUCUUCUGACCCUUGGCGAUCUACGGCUCCUAUUUCUAAUAACCCACAACACAUUCAGUGUUCAACUCCACCCAAUCUAGCUUGGGGAAUGGGUGCUCCAGAAGGUCAAAGUACUGUUCCACGACCAGGUUCGGAAUCUCAGAACCAAACUUGGGGGCCUAUGCCAUCAGGAAAUCCAAACAUGGGUUGGGGUCCAACAGCACCACCUCCAAAUGCUAGUGCUAUGAUGUGGGGAACCACUGCUCAAAGUUCUGGUCCUGCAGCUACAAACCCGGGUUGGAUUGCACCAGGUCAAGGGCCGGCAGCUGGAAACAACAUUCAAGGGUGGCCAGCGCACAGCCCUAUGCCACCUCCGGUAAAUGCAACUCCGGGAUGGGUUGGUUCCAACGUUGCACCAAUGCCACCUAUGAAUAUGAAUCCCAGUUGGCUCGUUCCAUCUGUGAAUCAGAACAUGUGGGGUAAUGAGCAUGGCAAAAAUGGGAAUAGAUUCUCGAACCAAAAGGAUGGUGGUUCUCAUGGUGGAGAUCCCGGGAAUGGAGAUAAAUCUUGGGGUAUGCAACCAUCUUUUGGUGGUGGGAAUUCUAGGUCUCCUUACAAUAGAGUGCAAAAACUGUGCAAAUAUCAUGAAAGUGGACAUUGCAAAAAAGGAGGUACUUGUGAUUACAGGCACAAGUAGAAAUUUUAGUUAAUUUGACAGUCAUUAGAGAUUCAAUUAAUUUUGUAUAGUCUUAAUUAUCAUUGAGAGUUUCCUUUUUCCUUCUAUAAACCUCCUGUUGUUUAUGUUAUACAUGUGAUAACACUUCUGCAGUUCUUUAUUCUGGGAGGAUCUUAAAAGCAAAAAUAAUUUUAUCACUUCA